CACAUUUGCGCCCGCGAACAGCAAAUUGAAUUAUUGAUUUGUUUACAAGGACUCGGCCAAGAGAUUUUUCAAGUAUCUUAUAAUUAUAGGUAUAUCUUACAACCUUGAAGAAGCGAUUUAAAGAUAAUAUCCCGGCUUAAUUACAACCUUACGUGUUGAAGCCUUAUCAGCUGUCCGUACCACCUGUGCGCCGCGCCGAACUAACUUUUGAGGGCUUUGAAAGCUUAAUUAGCUCUGCCUGGGUCGAGUUGUUUUAUCGAUUGCAUGCCCCACUUGUGCCUUGGUACGUUGGUGGAUCUCGGAACUAGUACGAGACACGAUAAGCAUCUAAAAAUGCGUCGUGUAUCGUCACUGAUGGUCGCACUGUCGAACGGGAAAUUGGGUCAAUCGUCUGAUAAUAUCGGCGGGGCGAUGGAGGCUUCAGAGCUUGUAAAUUGAAGUGUUUGGAAGAAUAGCUGUAGUCAUGUAUGGGAUGUUGUCGGCUGGAGUGACGGUGGGCAUUAAGGAAUGGAUAGCGGCAGGCUGGAGGCAGUCCCGGCCGGGGCGGUGCACCUGGACACUGUGAGGGCACUGCACCAAACUGUGGUAUCUCUACGGACUGCUUUAGAAAUAUCUAAGAAUGAACUGAAGGAGCUCAAACAGAAAUACGAGCAGCACUCUCAUUGCAUAGAGUAUGCUGAUGUUAUAGAGAAGCUGACCUUGGAAAAUCACAUCUUAAGGCGUAAAAUUAUAGACUCUGGUCCGGAGGACUUGGGUUCCCAAAAAGUGAAGCUUGAAGUGACGUACAGUCCGCACUCUCAGCAUGUAGAUGAUUAUAGUGGAAGUGAAGUGGUGAUUAAAACUGUGAACAGUGAAAUAAACAGUACCAUAGAGACUCUAGAGCCAGACCCUGAGUAUGGGAAAGAGGAAUUAGUUUCAUCAGAUAUUUCUAAAGAGCCAGACUUUCGGGAAGAAGAAAUAUGUGCUGAAUAUUCUGAGAAACAUUCACGAAUUGGUGAACAAGCAUCAGUGGAAGAAAAAGACUCAUCUGUAGAUGAACAACCCUCACAAGUACAAGAAUCGGUGAGCCUAACUAGCUAUAAUAAACAAUCAAAAGACAGUCAGCCUACUUUCCAAACGAAAUUAGAGCUCUUAUCCAAAUUCGAUGUUCAAAUAAAAGUGCGUACAUUGAAAAAAGGUGCAGAAUUUUCAAGCACAACAUCUGAAAGUGGAUCUACGGUUGAAGACAAGAAAGAUAAAGAUACAGAAAAGCGAGACCCAGAGGCGUCAUUUUACUACGAAGACCGUAAAGAACAUUUUGAGGAUACGGAACAUAUUAAGGCGAGUAGGGUGAAUACGGUGUGCGAGAGUGUGAAGAUGGCCGUGCCGAAUGACGGUGAUGCUAAGAAGACGGAUAAGUUUGAUGUGCAGGUCCGUAUUACCUCCGAGGAAAACCUGAUGGUGAAGGAGCAUGUGGAACGGAGCCGGAGGAAGGACACACUGAAUUUGGAUGUUGAUGAUUUGAGUUUGAGGUCUCUCUCUGAAGGCGACAACUCCGUGUUCAGCGAGGGCGUGGCUACGCCUAUAGACCCGCGUGGCGACGAGAAAGAGACGGAGAACGCGAGCGGCAACGAGUCAGAGGAGGUCGACGAUAUAGAACUCAUAUUUACUACCGACGAGUCUAAAGAUAUGAGUAAUUUGCAGGAGGACCUAGUACCCAUCCGCGAGACCGACCAAUGGCCUCCUUCGGCCUCCACAACACAUUCCACACCCGUCCUCAUCAAAUUCCACACGCUAGACCCCGACUUCCAACCAGGAGAGACCACUGAGAACGCAGAAAACGAAAACCAUGAGAACAGCACUCUACAGGGGGUCAGAGCCGACUCAAGCUUUAGAGCUAAAAGAGUAUCUCUUCCCAAUGAUAAAGAGAUACGCCACGUCGCUUUCAACAGCAAAGGGAGCUUAGAUCUACCAGGCAGAGGGAUUUUAAAGAGCUGUGAUAACCGCUCAGAUAAUACGCUUUACAAGCGCAGCCCGAACACAAGUACUAGGAGACUAGACAGCGUUGACAGUUUGACUUGCGAAUACAACAGAGGCCUAAGCUUUGAUAAUACCAAGUCUUCUAGCUUCGAUCUCGGCUCAAGUAUGGAUAUACUUCAUAGGGAUGAGAGUGUGGAUAGUUUUCAUAAGACUAGUCAUUUUGGGCAUAGAUUUUCGGUGUUCGCUGAGAGGGAUAUCUCGAAGUGUGGGACCUCGGAGGAUGAUUUGUAUAAUAAUGUGAGGAGGAACACUUGCCCUAAUCCGUUUCAGUACAGACCGGCGGGCUCCCGGCUGCCCCGCGGGCCCCUGAAGGCGAGCGCCCUGGCCCCCCGCCCCCGCCCCGUGCUGGGGGGCGCGGGGGCGGGGGCGGGGGCGCCGCGCCGGGACUCGGGCGCGCAGACCGACGUGUGCGCGCUGCCGCCCCGGUGGAGCUCCGACCAGUACCUGGCUAACAAGAUAACCCUGCCGCCUCGGUCCAUAAUGCCGACGUUGCCGACUCGCUCGGCGCCGGGGCGGCGGCUCACGGUGCCCGCCCCGAAACUCCCGCCCGCGACCUCUGAAGACACACGCGUGUUGCUCAGUGACAUCGGGUUCACGUCGAUGGUCCCGGAGUUGUCGCGGUCUGCCGACCCGGUGUGGGCGCUCGGGCUGCGCGCCUCCAUGGACCUGGAGUCCGUCCCCUCUGAGCCUUCCAACUACUCCAAGUUCCUGGCGCGCACCUCACGCUCCCCGAGUACUAGCAUGGACCGGAGCUACGACCGCCUGCCGCACUACACACCGCCUUCCAAAGUGGAUUAUCGGCUGUGGCGCGGGUCGUUGCCGGAUGUGCGACGCGACGACACAGACGAACUACUGGAGGAGGCUGAGACGUAUCUUCGGCGCUCCAUCGACAAUCUGCGCUCUACCUCCACGGACCACGAUCGCGCACAAACCGCAGUCGGCCAGCCAUAUGUACCAGCGGAACCGCGUCAACUGCGCCUCGGCCACGCCGUCAAACUCAUCGCCCCUCACGGCCGCAUCGCCGUCGGCCGCGUCCGUUACGUGGGCAUCGCGGGCGGCACGGCGGCCACAAGCGGCGUGGUGGUGGGCGCGGAGCUGCCCGUGGCAUCGUGCCCGGGGCUACCCAGGAACGACGGCACCCACCGCGGCCGCCGCUACUUCCUCGCGGCGGCGGGCCACACGGCGCUCUUCGUGCCCUUUACCAAGGUCGUCAUGGCUUGGGCUAACUAGGUGUGUUGUGGUCGCCCCUGGCAUGUUGCCCGGACUUACCCA